AUGUGUAACGAGGAAAGGCAUCGUCCGAUCCCGAAACGUCCACCACUUCAUUCGAUACAGCUACCGGAACUGGUGUUACAGCGGGCGUUUGACACCGUGGAUGAAUUGGAUUGGGUGCUGGAUCAGCUGGAAACCUUCGUUUGA